UCUUCUCUCAUUCGCUACUCGUCCGGAGAGCAAAACAAAAUAAGAAAUACAUAUAUCUUGGGGUGAAUAGGAAAUUGUCCCUGCACAGAUUCGCGCCAAUAUUCCUGUCAAGAAAAUGAAAAACAAAACAGACAAAUAUAACAUAACUGGACACAACUAAAUCAAUCCGGCGAAGACGCGACGUCGUGCCUCCACCAUUUUGUUUUCCCCACUCCUCGUGCGUGCGUGUUUGCAGUGUUUGUGCAUAGAGCUCCCCAUGAUGCCAGUAAAAUGUGCAAAACCGAACUUAAAACAGGCUUCUUGUAGUGUCAUCUAGUUAGCCAUGGAACGGAUAGCGCCAGAAGAAGCGGCCUCCUUGAGCGAAGCGCGAAAGCAGAUAGUGGAAAUUGCCAGGAAUCGGCCGGGAACACAAGUGGCCAAGUGCAUCCUCGCCUACGACGAGCAACAGGACCUCGCCUCGCUUGUAGUCCUCCUCGAAGAGCUCUCCAAGAACACGGACUACUCCACAGACCUACGGAUAUCACUGGGAUAUUAUAUUGAGGAGCUACUGCGACACUGCUUAGGAAGCAACUAUGUCUCCCGAAGAUCGGCCAUCGUGGCCGCGGGAAGUGCCCUCCAGUACUGCGGCAAGAUCUAUGGAGACCGCGUGGAGUACAUGUACCAGGUGGUGGAGCACCAGAUCGAAGCCCUGCUCACAUCGGAGUCUCAGAAGGAGACGCCCAGCGGAAGUAGUGCGCCGAAGAACAAUGAACCCAGGCCGGAAGAACCUCGAAAACGUCGCGCGAAAAAGCUGACUAAGAAGGAAGUAGAUCCUUAUUUGCUCACCGUGGAACCGAAAAAGUUCAAGACCAUGUCGGACGACAAACGCUUCAACAUGGCGGGCUUUGUAAAAUGCACGAGAAAUCGGACGAUAGAAUACCUUUAUCAGGAUCAUACGCCGCCCAACUUGUGGAGACACGCGCCAAUUGUAGAUCCCCACAAUCCCUACGACCAGGAUGAGAAAAAGCAGUACAAAAUGUUUACGUAUCACGUAGAGCAUAGGUACAACACGCUUCUGCCGGAUAUUCCCUUCGAAAGGCUGAAUCUCAUUAAGGAAUAUGUGCACACAAACCAGGUGAACACCACGGAGAUUCUUAAUGAGCACAUGACCACGAAGGAUUAUCUGGACGAGUAUAUUGCGCUGGAGAAUCAAAUGCUGGCAGCCCGCUAUGGAGCCACUGUCAGAACGAGAAGAAGUUUGGUUGAACCGGCGAAAAGAUUGAUGGAGGACAGUUUGGUAGCGGAAAUGGCGAAGAAGGUGUGCAUAGACGAGAAUCUGCCAAUAGAUACGGACGAAACUGCUCCGCUUGAAGCAAUGGACGUGGACCAAUCUGUGAUGGCUGAAAACAACCAGUCGCUAAUCACAACCGAUGCCCUGCAAAAUCAAAUAUCAGUGGACUCGGGCCUAGGCGAAUCGAUGAACACGAGUCAGGAGGACAGCAACAUCAACAUCACGAUGGACAUCAGCCAGGUGGAGAACUCUACUUUGGGCGUUAGCCAAGUGGAGUCGUCUUUGAGCGUCAGCCAGGCGGAAAACUCCCUAAGCGUUAGCCAAGUAGAGAAUCUGGCGCUGAGCAGCACAUUAGACAUUAAUGAGUCUAGUGUCCUGGACAGCACGAGAGUGGAUCAGCCCCCAUUAAAAGAUCUCCCUCUAGACGAACUGCUAAUAGAUUCAGGGAUCGGUAUGGAAGAUGUUUCCGAUUUCCAAAUGCAUACAGGCCAGUCUUUUGACGAUGAAGGUGUUGUUCUUUCAGAUCUAGAAGAUCAACGCCCGUUGUCGCCCAUGAUGAAGUUGAUUAGCCAAGCGGAAGAGGCAAAAACAGUUCAAGUCAUUGAGAUGGAUGCCGAUGUGGCAGUGAAUGUUCCAAGGGAAGUGUGCUAUCCCAUUCUGCUGAAUGUUAUGGGUCUCCCAAUUAAAGGUCUGCGUCGCAAAUGUAUCUUUAAACUUCCAACUGAGUUCGACUUGUUUAAGCAAGCACGUCUUCCUGCCAAGCGAGAGGCGCAACCAAAAGCCACACCCACUCCAAGAACUAUAUUGCAGAUUGAACGAGAAGCUUCCCAAAAAGAAAAAGAACCCGGCUCCCCCUGCAGCUUAGAGUUCGAUGAGGAUUUUAAUUUCCUGGGCUUCCGUCAACGUAGACCCACAUUUGACUCAGGCUUCGAUAUUGACGAGUUGCGUGGCGGCUCAGCUUGUGUGUCCACCAUCGGAGAAGUUAAAAUUGAGGUUGAAGACGGAACGGAAACCCACACCGACAAGUUGAUUAAUGUAAGCGAUAGCGACGCCUUGGAAAAGAGUGCGAAUGCCGUAAGGGAAUGUGGGCUGGGAGAGUCCCUGAUGGAGGAAUUAAACGCUUCUACCGAACCCAAAACUGAGAACAUUACUGCAAAUUCCUCGCAGCUUGAAGUAACUGAAACAUCCGGAAAUCUAAGCGGACUGGAAACUACAGUGGACUUAGGAAUGGAGAGUGUGCUAGCUAGUUCCGUAUUAGAUUCAAGUACUGAGCCGAAUGCAGUGGACAGUUGUAUUUUAAAUGUCACUCAACUUGACAAUUCAGCCCUGGAGAUUUCAACUAUGCAGGACAAAGCUAUCUUAAAUGACGAAGCAGCUGCAAAGAAUUUGCCUGCUGAAACACCUAAUCCAAAUUUAGACUCGGCACCCAACGACUGCGAUGAAUCAACGCGUAGCGACUCCCCUUUCGAAAUUGACGAUUUGGAUAGCCCCGAUUCCAGCUCAAUGAUCCGAGACUGGCAUAGACGAUUGGGUCCUGCUUUGGAAGCAGCCCAUGAACGACAGAAUUUCAACAUUAAGGACUUGGGCACUGAGGUUUUAGACAUUUGCAAGGCGGGCAACGGUACAGCCACGUUAGCCGACGUCAUGACUGACAAGGAUCCAAGUAUCAUGUGCCGCUACAUGCUGGCUUCCCUGGUCCUGACAAACCACGGAAACGUGUCCUUGGAUUUUGGAAAUCGCGAUAAAAGCCCAGAGAUCAAUGCACUUUUACCAGCAGUACAACAAGAUCAAGAGGCUGCACUAGAUAUAAAUCCUUGCCAGAUUAUUAACCCGCAAUUUUGUACAAAUGUAAGUUUUAGUUGCCUAUCAUUAACAUGCUUGCAAUAGGAUGAAUAGAAUAGAACGAAUGCUUUAGCUUAAGCUUAUUGAUGUAUCAAUCAAUAUUUGUUUAGAGUAGUAAACCAGUAUUAUCUAAGCUCGAUUUCCUUAAGCAUGAAGCCGCUUUUUGUUUUCUUAAAUUUUUUCGGUUUAUUACACUUUUUAGUUUCUUUUAUUUGCUUUUGAAAUUUUCACAUUUUUUUUAUUUAUAUUUCUUUUGAACAUUUUUGAUUUAUUUUACUCUACUUACGAAUACAUUUAUUAAGUAUUCUUAUAUUUUUCUAUAAUUUCCUAAAAAUUGAACUGUAUACCUCUUUUAAUUUAGAACAAAAAAUAGACAAAUGGCUUUUUGGUUGACGAAGUGCGUGUUUUGGAAAUCCUCAUGAGCUGAUAGUACUAAUUUCAAGUACCUGAUCUCGUUCUGUACAAAAGUAUUUAAGUAAGAAUUCAUCGGACAUAUAGGACAAAGUUCCAGCUAAAUAAGAAUAAAGUGUAUAUAUGUAUGUAUUUACCAGAGUGCAAGCUAGUGUCUAUUUACAAGCAGUUUAAGAUAUAAUGUUUUUUCCUAGUUAUAACGUGUAGUUCUUAAGGAAUAAAACGGAACCAUGCAAUCA